GUACAGUCCCAACUCAAUCGGGUGAUUUUAUUAGAUGAGUGAUUUAUGACGAAGAAUCCUCUUUUCUUUUUCACUUAGAGGUUCCUGGAAGUUUCGAGAAUCCAAUUUCCUGCAGUUUAGCUCUCAUGAGAUUACUGUUGCUCAUGAAUGAUAAAUCAUUUAGCAAUCAGGAUAGCACUGUUGCACAUGCUAUUCAAGUGUAAACCCAAGGGUAUUGUAACCUUUAUUUAUCAUUCCAUAAAGUCUAAAGUACACUACAGUGUUUAAUCAAACCAAUAGCUGAACAUAUGAACCUUUACAUGUAAAAGCUGAUAUACCCGUCUUUAAUAUAUCAAUCAGUAUAUAACUGGAUAGAACAUUCAACACAUUUUUAGGCAUCCCCAUUUUUGAAAAUAAAAUCCAAGAGCAUUAUUUAUAGAGCAUUGAAGUUGGAGGGGUCAGAAUUCUUUUCUGAAUUACAUGAGUCUUAUCGUGUACCUGGCAAUUUCCUGACCACUGACCCUUUUUGUGGAAUGCUCAAAAUGGAGAGGAAUAUAAAGCUACAUGGUGACUUGCUAUCACAACCAGUUAGAGCAGUUGCAUUGAUGCUGCAGGCAAAUGGAAUAAAAUAUGAGUUCGUAUAUAGAGAUUUCUUUAAACGAGAGGAGACGAUACAGGGUGAAGAAUAUGUGAAAAUCAAUCCAUUUAAAAGAGUGCCAACUCUUCAGAUAGAUGGCAUGAAUAUCACUGAAAGUUCUGCUGCCCUGCAGUACCUAGCUGAGCUAGAAGGAAUUGAGCCACAUUGGUAUCCUAGGAGUGGCCCGGAACGAGUCCUUGUUCAUACAUACCUAGCUUGGCAUGGUCCUGACAUGAGAGGAAAUUCUGUCAAUUUCCUCAGGACAACGGAAGCUGGUCAGGCCUUUACUGGUACCAAAAUGCCAGCGGAAGAGUUGAAAGAAAAGAGGGUUAAACUUGAAACAAUGCUUGAUCAACUGGAAAAUAUAUGGUUAAAAGAGAAGCCCUAUCUAACAGGAAAUGACAUCACAAUCGCUGAUCUUCAGUGUAUUUCUGAAAUUGCCAUCGUGGAAGUUGUUCUUGCUGAGGAAAUAACAAGGAAUCAACCUAAAUUGUCUGCAUGGAUCAAACGUGUCAAGGACUAUCUGAAACCUCAUUAUGAUAACAUUUUUAAAGAGCCAAUGACUGCAUUUGAAAAUAUGCUUAAGGCUGCCAGAGAGAAACUAAAUAAAUCAAACUGAAGCAAUGUGUGUUUUCAUUUUUCAGUUGAUAGACAUUUUUUACAAACCAUCCAUCUACAGUAUAUGUAAUCAUUGGUUGGAAUUUCAGUUUGAUAGCAAUUUGACAUUUAUGACAUGAUAUUUGACAUAUUUCUCAGUAUGGUACUCUUGAAACAACCUCAUUGCAUCACUGUCAUUGAAUGAAGGAAUAAUGAAAUGAAAAUAUGCAAAUGUAACUGUUAAUUUCAGAUGUCACAAAUCAUUAAAACCCUUGAAAGCCAAUAUUUGCAAACGUUGUACCCUGGGUACUAUAAUUUAAAAUUGAAGCUUUGGUAAAUAUAACUCCUUUGAUUGACG